ACACCUUUGCAUUGUUGCAAAGCAAUCCAGAAGAGUCCGUCUUCUUAAUAAAGUUGCAUUAGAUGGUGGUUACUUGGGCAUGACAUCUGAUCACUAAUUUGCUAGCAGGUCCACCUUUCUGUGGGGACUUCAGUUGACAAUGGAAAACCAAGACAGAGAUGAGAUUCAUAGUUGUGUGAUCAAGCUGAGAGUAAAUCCUCAAAAGCGAAGGGAGAAGGUUUACAUCGGCUGUGGAGCUGGGUUUGGAGGAGACAGGCCAUUGGCAGCUCUCAAGUUGCUUCAGAGAGUCAAAGAGCUAAACUAUCUUGUACUGGAAUGCCUAGCUGAACGGACACUUGCUGAUCGAUAUCAAGUUAUGGUUUCUGGUGGUGAUGGUUAUGAUUCACGAAUUUCUGAUUGGAUGUUUUUGCUGCUACCUCUGGCUAUGGAGAGACGAAUAUGCAUAAUUACAAACAUGGGUGCAAUGGAUCCUUGUGGUGCCCAGGAAAAAGUUUUAGAAAUAGCUGGCAGCCUGGGGCUUCGUGUCUCUGUCGCCGUGGCUCAUGAAGUUAUUGACACAAAAUCUGGCAUUCUUGGUCACAUAAGAGGUUCAGAGAAAUCGUAUUUAAGUGAAGGUGGUGUUAGCACGUAUCUGGGAGCAGCUCCAAUUGUUGAAUGUCUGGAAAAGUACCGGGCAGAUGUGAUUAUUACGUCCAGGGUUGCAGAUGCUGCCUUAUUCUUAGCGCCAAUGGUUUAUGAACUAGGUUGGAAUUGGGACGACUUAAAGCAGCUAGCACAGGGGUCUCUAGCUGGCCACCUUCUAGAGUGUGGUUGUCAACUCACAGGAGGAUAUUUUAUGCACCCAGGAGACAAGUAUAGAGAUAUAUCUUUCCCCCAACUACUAGACUUGUCACUUCCUUAUGCUGAAAUCAGUUAUGAUGGAAACGUAUGUGUAGCAAAGGCAGAAGGCAGCGGUGGGGUAUUAAAUGCCAAUACUUGCGCCGAACAACUUCUUUAUGAGGUUGGCAAUCCAAGUGCAUAUAUCACACCUGAUGUAAUAAUUGAUCUUCAGGAUGUUACAUUCCACCCAUUAUCAAGCUCUAAGGUUCUCUGCACUGGAGCAAAACCAUCUGCUGUGUUAGUGCCUGAUAAACUCCUGCAGUUGGUUCCAAAGGACUGUGGAUGGAAAGGAUGGGGAGAGAUAUCCUAUGGAGGAUUUGAGUGUAUUAAACGUGCUAAAGCUGCUGAAUUUCUGGUGAGAUCAUGGAUGGAAGAAGUAUUUCCUGGGGUUAACCAUCGUAUACUUUCUUAUAUAAUUGGACUUGAUAGCGUGAAGGCAACAAGCAUUGAUGACAGUGCUUCAUGGGGGAAAGUUAGUGAAGAUAUUAGGUUACGUAUGGAUGGCUUGUUUGAGUUGAGGGAACAUGCAAUCCAAUUUGCUAGGGAGUUCACUGCUUUAUAUACAAAUGGACCAGCUGGUGGUGGUGGCAUCAGCACUGGACACAAGAAAGAGAUUGUUCUUGAGAAGCAAUUGGUUGAUCGUGAACACAUUCUAUGGCGAAGUGGAGUAAAACAGACCCUAGUAAUAAAAUCUCAUGACCAAGGAAUUUGCUCCAAAGAUCUUGCAAAAACCAAUGUUUUGCAUGAAUAUUUGUUGCCACCAAUGGAUCAUGCAGACACCGACGACUUUUGCUCGGAUGUAUCAUCUCCCAAAAUCAUCCUCUCCCCUGCUCCAUCUGGCCAGAAGAUUCCACUCUAUGAUGUAGCACAUAGCAGGGCUGGUGAUAAAGGAAAUGACGUGAAUUUUUCCAUCAUCCCACAUUUCGCUCCAGAUAUUGAGAAGUUGAAGUUGAUCAUAACACCCCAAUGGUUAAAGGAAGUAGUCUCAACCCUUCUAAGUACCUCUCCAUUUCCCAAUACAGAUGCCAAAGAUACGAACAAAUGGAUCGAUGAACAUGUCAACGUGGAAAUAUAUGAUGUUAAGGGAAUUCAAUCCUUGAACGUUGUGGUCCGAAACAUUUUAGAUGGCGGUGUCAACUGCUCUCGGAGAAUUGACCGACAUGGAAAGACCAUCUCUGAUCUCAUACUGUGCCAGCGGGUUGUGUUGCCUCCCUAAUUGGCUGGUUAGCAUGGUUUACUCUCAUGGGGUGCAUGACUUUCCAUGUUACCUUCAUUCCUCUCUAUUUUCAGCAUAUAAUAUUACAUUGUUAAACCUUGUCAUUAAAUUAAAUGUAGUGAAACUUUGGAGUUACUGUUUGAAUGUGUAAAUACAUUGGCUCGGUUAUUUCUGGUUAUUUAUACUAUGUAAAAGUGCAAAUAAAGAUGGAACAUUCACA